ACCGAACAGCAGUGGCCGCUGGGUCCACCACGCGAGGUGACCAUCGACGCCAUUGCCGAGCACUCGUUCACGCUACGCUGGAAGCCACCGCGACCGAACCCCAACAAGCAUGUCAAGCUGCAAGGGUACAUGCUCACCUACGCGCCCACCGGCAAGGCUGCCUUCGGCGAAGAGAAGGCCCUGAUGCUUCCCGCUGUGAUCCAGUCUAAGCUGGUGACGCGGCUGCAAGAGGGUACCGAGUACGCCGUGGUCCUCGCGGCAGUCUACCCGAACGUGCAGAUAGCGGCCGCACCCAAGCUCGCAGUGCGCACCGCCCUGCCCGUCGCCGAGCUGCCCGUGGGCGACGACUCCUACCUGGACAAUAAAAUCCAGUGCAACUGCAGCGAGGAAGGCAUGGUGGCGUGCACGCGGUCGGCGCUGCAGGACGUGGCGUGCAGCUGCUUCCCGAGCUACUCGGGCCGCUGGUGCGAGUCGUGCGCCAGCGGCUUCUUCCGGGUGGGCAAGCGGUGCGCCGCCUGCCCUUGCAACAAUGCCACAUCGACUGGCGAGUGCGAGGCAGGCACCGGAAGCGAGAGCGUCUCGUGCCGCUCCUGCCUGCCGGGACACCGGGGACCCCUGUGCUCGGCCUGCGCGGCAGGUUACCACUGGAAGGGCGACCACUGCGAGCCCAUCAGCUGCCUCAGCUUUGCCAUGUGCGCCCGCGAGCCGGACAACCCUGGCUGCCGAGACUGCCACCUCGUCCAGAACAGUCUGCCGCCGGUCGCUCAGAAGAGCUCAGAGAGUGGCCUGUCGUCCGGUACAGUGCCGCUUGUGUCGGUACUGGCGACCCUGUGCUUCCUGCUGGUGGUUGCCGGCGGCGCCACAUGGUACCGGUACCGGCUGAGGCGGCGGACAAGAGCCGGUCUGCCCUUUUGGAGCAUCGAACUGCGCGAAGACAAACCAGCCCCAGCGGCGGACUACCAGAACCUUGAGGCCGCCUCGAGCAAGCUCGUCGUUCAGGACGAAGAAGCUACGCGACUCGACAAGUGCUCGCCCGUUCCGACGCAGAGGCCGUGCGUGGGACCUGAGGUGUGCCCGAACGGUGCACCGUGCCAGUGAGGCACCUUGGACACUCGUGGACACACCGGGAGUGCUUAUCCGGACUUCGUGUGGUCAUCUGCUGUCAUGGUUCUCCUCCCAUUGUGUUGUUUCUUUCUUGAUUGAGAAUACCGUUGGGCAGCAUUUCCCGACAUUUUUCCACGAUGCCGGUAGGAAGUGGUGGGGGGGGGGGGGGGGGGGGAACAACAAAGAGAAUACGAACCGCAGUGUACGAAAUCAAGCAUGUUGGCAAAGCUUUGGGUCGUAUCAGUUGAAUCAUUUAAAUCAUACAGACGACUAAAAAUUUUUGGUUCCUUAUUGUGGUAAUUUCAGUCAGAACUUGAAAAAACUGCAUUGCACUUAAGUGCGUACUGGUGGCGUCAACAGUUCAGAGACCACUAGGAAUGAGAAAAUGUUGAAUUUCGUCCCAAUUUGGGACUGUAUUCGGUCCAACUGCACAGUACACGUCUGCGUGUUCUAUAACAGUCUUGAAAUUCAAAUUAGAGGCUGCCUGCCGAAGGGGCGGAAAUGUUUAGAUUUUAACAGCUGAGCUUCUUAGCGCUUAGCCAUGUUCGCCUAUGUCUCUGGUCGUCCCGGAGAGCGCACAGAAGGUAUCAUCGCAGGUUCACCACUAGGUGACGUGGCCGUGUGAUGUGUCGAGAGUGAGGUUUGGUAGGAAGGGGACCGGACCGGCAUAUGUGAAAGGGAGGCUCGCUUGGAGGGGUAGAUGGUGAGAGGCGUUGUUGUACGCUCUCUCGAGUGGUCAAAGGGUGUGCAUGGAACGAAGCCUCGAGCGAAAUUUCUUGGCUAUGCGGGCAAGAUAUGCACACCAGCAGCACUUGCAAUGCUGCUUGCGUUUCGGCGCAGCCAUGAUAGGGACACGUAUUUUGGGUAGGUGGCUGGUUGGAAUGGGACAUGGAUGUAUUGAAACGCUACCGCAACGUUCCACCCAACGAUAUCCUGAGCGAAAACUGUCGAAACUUGGAAGUAAACUGUACUGCUUGAUCAAAAGAGUCACAGUAGGGUGGUUGCUUGCUGGGCUAGUUUAACAGCACCUGAAACUGGAAAGGAUAACGCAGAGAGACUAAAAAGCAGACCUCCAACUGUUUAUUCCGCUGUUUAUUCCGUAAAACCAGGUAUUGUACAUGCGAAAGGCCAGUGGGUAAAACCGAUGUAAUAGUACAAGCAGAUAUGAUAUUCCAAUAAAGCGCAACGACCACCUUAUAGCUAAUGAUUUAGUGAAAAUAAAUAACAAUGAUUCAACACAAAAAUACCUAGAGAAGACUUGCAAAACAGAAAUGCAAUCGCCUCUGGAAAGGGUACCAGCUUCUCAGUUUCGACGGCUUUCACAGAAGAGUGGAGCUGGCCUCGAAUUUCCGCUCUUAUGUGUCUCCUGGACUUUAAACAUUUGACGCUGAGUGUAUGCGAGUGACAUCAUAUAAAAAAAAAACGUGCUG